AUGCCGCCGCAGGACGCGGCCGGGAAGCGCGUUGCUCCCAUCUCCGCCAGCGCAUUUUCAUUCUCCAUCGCUUCACCAGCCAGGCCAGCCAAGAAGGCAAGGACCGCGUCGCCCAAACCGCCUCCCCGAGCUGCCAAACAGACGCCGCGGGCCAAAGUCACCACCAGCGGCGCACUGCCUCUGCCCGCCGCACCUUCCCUCAGUUUCUCAUCUCCCGGUCCAUCAAGGCGAGCCCCACCACCACCACCACCGCAUCGGAACGAGACUCCUAAACCUGUCCGCACCUUGACCGCCAACGCAGCCUCCACCACGUCGCACAGCCCCCUCCGACCCGUCACGGCCAUCACCACUCCCAUCGCGCGCAAGACACAGCCGCGAACACGCCUGGACGCCCUGCCCUCCCCGUUUGCGCUCGUUCAGCGGACAACGGCCAAGGACGGCUCUCCGGGCCCCUCAUCCCGUUCUGCCCGCCCACUGAACGCUCUGCUCGAUGCCUCACCCUUCCGCGUCGGCCCGAGCGUUGGCGUCGGCGGCAAAGGUAAAGGCAAGGCCAAGGAAGAGACGCCCCGCCCACUGCAAAGUAUCACCACCUCGGCGCCACCCCGUGUCGAGCUCCGUCAACUGGAGCGCGAGCGCGUGCUCGAUACCGAGGAGGGUAUUGCUGACAGCCAGACCGCCUCCAUCCGUCCGCCUCGCGACCCUGCUCUCGUCCUCGAGCACCUCCCUUGUCCUGUUCUACACCUCUCUCCAACAUACCCUGUCCCGCAUGCCCCCCGGAGCGGGAGCCACGAGCACCCCCCUCCGCGCCUCGGCUCCUGUCCGGAUCCACGUCCUGUCGGCCCUCACGGGCCCGACGCACAGCUGCACGAUCUGGUCCUCCAGGUGCUGCCGUCAGACUGCCCCCGCGUCGGUGUCGACCCUCGCGUGCUCCUCAGUUCAAAUAAGCGGUAUGAGCUGGGCAUCUGGCAGCCGUGGAGUGAGAACACUGUCCCGGGCGAAGAAGGUGGAGAAGACAUUGUGCUCUUCGCCUCGCGAUACCUCAUUGCCGAGGCCCCAGGACCUUGA